GUUCCUCUUUUCCCUUUACUUUUGUGUAAGUGUGGGUUCUAAUAAACCUCUAGACACAAUCUUUGAAUCUUGUUUCCAUUAUUGUACUUAAAACUCCGACAAGAAUCCGAAGACAUAAGGAGAGUUUGUAUAAAGAUGUCGGGAAGAGUGAGAGAUGAAGAUGAGGAACAAGAAGAUGAUGAAGAAGAUAGAGCUUCCUACUAUGGUGGAGCCUCUAUACCAUUCAUGUGGGAGUCAAGGCCAGGCACACCAAAACACAACCACUUUCCCGAUUGCUCUUUCUCUCAGCCUCUCACGCCGCCUCCGUCUUAUUACUCAGCCGAGAUUUUGUCGACGCCAAAGAGACAGACGUCGUCACAGACCAAGGUGAGAACAAAACUAACUAGAAUCCUAUCGAUGUCUCUGUUCUAUGAUCUCAGGAAGAGCAGUAGCAAGAAGACGGCGACGACCAACCAUGUCUCUUCAGGGUCAUCGUACUCGUGGUCGUCCACGUCUUCUUCAUCUUCACUUUCCUCCUCGCCGCCACAUACUUUGAGAAAACCGGUGAGUCAUGGAAACAAAUCAAAGUUUAAGUACGCUAGUUAUAAAGACCACGAGCUUGCCUCGUCGCCGACAUCGACUCUGUGUUACUCCAAUGGUGGAAGAAAAGGGUUUACUUCUUCAAUGGGGAGUGUGAAGAGAGCUCUGUUCUCUGGUCCUAGACAUGGACCUGGUGACUUGAACAAAGCUUGAGUAUGUGAAUCUGUUGUGUUCUUGAUUCAUUCUAUGUUGCUGCUUUGUGUCAUUGAACAGAAAAAGUGUUGUGAUGCUUUGAUGUAUGAAUGUAAUAUGAUGUAUAUAUAUAUCUAUAAAACUUGUGUUGUAAAGUGUAAACUGGCAUUUUUAAUUGCAUUCUAAAACCAAUAAAGUUAUCCCAG